CCCCUUCCCAGUAGCCCAGUUCCGAACGAAGCUGUCAAACCACAGAAAGCAAGAAUGAAUCCUUCUGUCGAUCCCGCCUUUGUCUUUCUUCGCCUCUGCUGCGAUCUCCCUCCUCCCUGGGUUUCAGUUUCCGCUGUGGCGGGAAUUACAAUGAACUUGUCUUCCCCCUGAAGUGCCGGUAGCCCGUUUUUCUCCAUGAUGAAAAAUACCACGGAACAUUUUGGAGGAGGAACAAACUAGUUUUUGGGUCAAAUUCAUUACUAGUGUAUCAAUGUACCAUGCAUGCAGAACGGGCCAGAGGCGCACGUCAAAUCAACACAAGAAAAACCCGCCGGGAUCAAACCCUUCCCCUCCCCCUCCAAUAUGUUGCAGUACAUCCCGCUCCAUUCUCGCUAUCCUUUUCCGAACAUGCGCAGCGACCCGUGAGACAACAUACAUUUGUAGCGCGCUCACUUUUCUCAUGACUCGAAAAAAGCGCGGCAUUAGCCGUGCCGAACCUGACUGUGCCGUGAGAAAAGAAAAAAGCUUGUGCUACUAUCGACAUAGCGUCUGCAGUCUCCUCCUCCCUCGUCCUCUGAGGACUCCAUCAUCAUGUCACUACAGGGCCACAUUCCGGCUCGCAAUAAGCAGUACCAGUCCAUGCACACACAAAAACGCGCAAAGAGAAAGGAAAAUGAAUGACUUUGUCUCCAUACAUACUAGGAUCCAACUCCCCCGGCCGGGUGGACCGACAUAUCCCCGGCCGUCCCAAAGUGCCCGAAACACCGAAAAUGUGUCAACUUGCGCCAUCCCGUAGUGGUGGUGGUUGGUGGUGGCGGGGGGCCACACAUGUCAAGACGUCAUCUGGGCAAGGGAGGGUGCUGACUCCACCUUCGCAGGGAUUAGACAGGAGGACCCUGAGCCCCACCCGCGUGACGACGAGGAUCACGAAAAUUGGACGAGUGAUGGCGGAGGGACACGAGGACAAACG